AUGGAGCCUCGCUCGGUGCUUCAGCCGCUGCUGCUCCUCCUGCUUCUAGACGCCGCGGCGGCGUCACGGAGCGGGCUGAACGGACCCAAAGUCACCGACAAGGUGUUUUUUGACAUCACCGUGGCGGGUCACGAGGUGGGCCGCAUCGUCAUCGGUCUCUUCGGGGAGGUGGUCCCCCUCACCGUCAAUAACUUUGUUGCCCUGGCUACCGGAGAGAAAGGCUACGGCUACAAAGGCACAAAAUUCCAUCGCGUGAUCAAAGACUUUAUGAUCCAAGGAGGUGACUUCACCGCAGGAGACGGGACUGGAGGUCACAGUAUCUACGGGACGACAUUUCCGGAUGAAAACUUUAAAUUGAAACACAGCUCAGCUGGAUGGGUCAGUAUGGCCAAUGCCGGCGCUGACACCAACGGCUCGCAGUUCUUCAUUCUGGCCACCAGAGCGCCGUGGCUGGAUGGGAAACACGUGGUUUUUGGAAAAGUCUUGGACGGCAUGUCUGUGGUGCACACCGUCGAGCUACAAGACACCAACGAAAGAAACCUGCCGUACGCCGAGUGCGUCGUGGUCAACAGCGGACGCAUCGCCGUCAAAGAACCUUUUAUCGUUGACGUAGACGGAUGGUAG